AUGGCCGACAAUGAACUCUCCUCAAAGCUUCAGAAAAGAACUGAAAGGAUUGAAAUUGCGGAGCAAGGAAAGGACUUGCCAGCGCCAAAUCUCCAUUCAAAAGAGGUCUUCAACCCAUACACCGAAUUCAAAGAAUUUUCAAGAAAGCAGAUCCAACAUUACCAAAAAAUGUUCAACCAAUAUGACACUGGUAAAGAUAAGUUUAUCGACCUACAAGAGCUUAAGCACAUGAUGGAGAAAUUAGGCGUACCCCAGACCCAUCUCGGCCUGAAGGAGAUGAUCAAGGAGGUUGAUGAGGAUUUUGAUGGGAAAAUUAGCUUCAGAGAAUUUCUCCUCAUAUUCAGAAAGGCCUCACUAGGAGAACUCCAGAGUUCUGGUCUCAAUGAGAUAUUCAAGUUUGUAACCGAGAUUGAUGUAGACAAAGAGGGUGUAAAAGGUGCCAAGAAUUUUUUUGAGGCAAAGAUAAACGAGGUAGUAGCAGAGAGCAAAUUUGAACGAGAGAUCAAAGAAGAGCAGGAAGAAAAAAGAAAGCAGGAAGAAGAGAAGAAGCAGAGGAAGGCUGCCUUCAAGGAGAAGGCUACUGUCUUCCAACAACCACAUUAAAUGAUGAUAAUGAUGGUGGUGGUGAUUGAUCAAGGGGUAGUGAUGACGACGAUUCCCUACCCUGAUAAGAUUACUUACUGCCAGCAUAUAUUGACCGUUCACCUGCUUACCAUUAUUCCAUAUUCAACCGAACAAUUAUAUUUUAUUAUUAUAUAUAUAUAUAUAUAUAUAUAUAUAUAUAGAAAGAGAGAGGGGGGGGGGGAGGGAGAAAUGACUAUGUAACCUUUGUGUAC